AUGAGAUCUGUUCCACAACCACCAAGCAAUUUGGGCCGGGAUGCGCUGGGCGCUGCUCAUUUCAGUGGAGGCCAAGGAGAUUCUCAACACCCAAGCAGUCAUAGUGUGCGGCCAACACCACAAUCUAGUGCUUCGCUGCCCGUUCACUCGACACCGAAUACUCACGCGAUACAAGCUUUUUAUAACACCGCCAACCAAUCGUCGGCUCCAAGCAGCAUGCACGAUCUCUCGAGACCAGGCCCUGGUAGAGGGCCAGGACAACCGCCGCAGCUCAAGUCGGUGAGGUCGACUCCAGAUAUACGCAUGCGACGAAUGGACUCUUUUCCAACCCUCAUGUCGUCCUUGGACGCUGGCGCUCCUCCUCCGCCGCCCUCUAGUGGGCGGCAAAAGCCUCGGGUCAACCCUCUCGACGUCCACUUUGCCAGAGACCCGUCGGCCAUGCCCAUGCCUCUCACUCAUUCACCACUGAGCCGGUCGCCGUUGGCGAGAGACGAAGGACCCAUGAUGAUGAUGACGACGCCGGGAACCAACGACAUGCAAUCCGUACCAAAGGCUUUGAAUAUAGUCAAAGCACCCCCGAGUCCGGCCAUGACUCCAGCCAUACCUCCUAGGAGUGCGCUUCGAAAGCCCCCUUCUCCGGCACCAUCGGCCAGUAUGGCAAGCAGCAUGACGACAUCUGUCGACGGCGACGGACUCUUUGUCAGGGAUUUGGAGAAACCGAUUAUGCCAGCUGCUGCGGACAGCCGGCCUUCGAGUAGAGGUAGUAACCGAAACAUACCUUCAACCCUGAGAGAGCUCAUGGCUGUCGACGAGUUUCUGUGCGAGAGUCCAGUAUCCGUCCCGACCCCACCACCAUCUCUUCCUCGGGCGAGCAACGACAGCGGGACGCGGUCUUUGAGCGAACCCGAGGGACCAGUCGUACAGACUGUACGCGCCAAACGGGAGACCAUGACUGUCAGUCCUGCCAAGAAGAGAAGUCUGGAAAAGAUGAUUGAGGCUUUUGACAAGUCGCUACGAGCAAAUGGCGAGGGAAUUCCGAGGUCGUCCAGCGAGCCGCGCGCAGAGCGACCGGCGCCGCUCAAGGUAAAAACCGUUUUGAACCACACAGCAACAGUGCAGGGCCCGAGCAGUGCACCAGUCGCACCAAGACAGCGCUCCGAGAGCCCCUUUGGUCGCACUCCCACGCCUCUCGGUCGGGCGCGGGCCGGCGUGCCCGCUGCCGCCGUUGGUGCUCAAGGUCGGCCCUCGCGGCCAGGAGUUCGUCGACCGACUAUAAACGAAUACGGUGUGGCUCCGAUACGACCAGUCAUCGAAAUUCCAGAACGCGGAUCUACUCCAUCAAGCUUGAGAUCGCCGCCCGACAGCCCGAUAUUACCAAGCCAUGGACCGCUCUCGAGCAUCUCGCCGCCCGACAGCCCAAUAUUGCCAACAGAGGGCCCUCUGUCUGCUAAUUCGCCCCCAGACAGCCCAAUUCUGCCGAGCUUUGGUCCCCUCUCGGCCGGAUCGCCACCUGAUAGUCCGAUACUGCCGAGCCGUGGCCCGCUUUCGGCCGGAUCGCCUCCCAGCAGUCCCAUCUUGCCCAGCCACGGGCCUCUGUCGGCUGGCUCCUCACCCCCCGACAGCCCAAUAUUGCCAAGUCGAGGUCCUCUUUCAGCAGGGUCGCCUCCCGACAGUCCGAUAAUACCGGCAGAAGGCCCCUUGUCAAACCCGGCUUCACCACCCGACAGUCCCAUCAUGCCCCUUAGCGGGCCUUUGGCAUACAAUCAACCGGUGGCAUCGAAAAAGGACGACCCACCCCCAGCAGCAGGCAGAUCUGGAAGAGAGCCUAUUCUUACCACCCCCAAUGAGCCACAUGGCACCGCCUGGAGGAAUGGAGUGGCCCCUCUUUGCCCCGUCGAUACCGAUGCCAGAGUCGCGGGCGGGAUCCCCGGCCCUCAUGAUGCGCACGCAGUCGCCAGUUCUUCCGAUAGCACGAUCGCAGUCUCCAGCAGCACUGCCAAUGCGGGCACAGUCACCGGCGUUUUCGGUCCGCGCCCAGUCGCCAGCACUACCGGCAGUUCGGUCACAGUCGCCCGCCGCCCUGCCGGUGCGAACUCAAUCCCCAGCCACGCUGCCAGUGAGGACUCAGUCCCCAGCAGUAAUGCCGGUAAGGACACAAUCACCAGCAACACUACCAGUGAGGACUCAGUCCCCGGCAGUAAUGCCGGUAAGGACACAAUCUCCGGCAACACUGCCAAUAAGGACACAAUCACCAGCAGCACUGCCGGUACGAUCUCAAUCACCAGCAGCACUGCCGGUGCGAACCCAGUCGCCAGCCGCGAUGCCAGUAGUACGGACGCAGUCCCCGUUUGCGCCGGCACCGCCCCCGUCUUCUCCAUUUGCCGUGCCGUCGUUCAGCCGGCCGUGGACGCCCACCAACGCGCGGCCCAGCACGCCGGUCAAGAGGACCGAGCUCGGCGUCCCGAUGGGGGAGACGAUGCUGCCGCGGGGACCCAGCCCCAGCCCGAGGGGGCCGCCGCUGAGGGCCAAUACGGACUAUCCCAUCAUGAGAAACUCGCCAGCCGUCAGGAAUCGUCCUACGCCGGGAUACAUGUGAAAAACGAAUUGAUAUUUUUCUAUUGA